CCUGUCUCGGCGGCCGCAAUGCUGCCCAGCUCGGCGCCGCUCCACGAGGCGCUCGGCCUCGGCGGCUUCAACUUCGACAACACGCGACGGAACCAGGUCCUGGGUGCGCAGGGUGUCGCUGCGCCGCGGGUGAAAAAGACGGGCACCACGAUUGUCGGCGUCGUCUACAAGGACGGUGUGGUUCUCGGCGCAGACACGCGCGCGACUGAGGGAGAGACGGUGUGCGACAAGAACUGCGAGAAGAUCCACUACAUUGCGGACAAUAUCUGGUGCUGCGGCGCCGGCACCUCCGCCGACACCGAGGCGACCACGCAGCUCGUCUCGUCGCAGAUUGAGCUGCACCGGCUUGCGACUGGCAAGGCGCCGCGCACCAUCACCGCGCUCACGAUGCUCAAGCGCAAGCUGUUUCAGUACCAGGGCAACAUCUCUGCCGCGCUCGUGCUGGGCGGCUUCGACUGCAACGGGCCCUCCCUGUACACCGUCUACCCGCACGGCUCCACCGACUCGCUGCCCUACGUCACGAUGGGCUCCGGCUCGCUCGCUGCGAUGGCCGUCUUCGAGGCGGAGUACAAGGAUGCCAUGAGCGUGGAGGAGGCGAAGGCGCUGGUGCAGGCGGCCAUCAUGAGCGGCAUCAACAACGACCUCGGCUCGGGCGGGUCCGUCGACAUGCUCGUCAUCAACAAGGACGGGAACACCGUGCUGCGCAACGUUGUCCGGCCAAACGAGCGCAAGUUCCGAAAGGCGGGCGGCUACUCCUUCCCAAAGGGGACGGCCAAGGUGCUGACGCAAACCUUCACGCCGCUCUCCUCCCUCCCCAUCGACGUGACCACCACGCGCUCGCCAGCAGCCAUGGAGGUCGGAUAACCCGGCUGCGCCCGCGCCAAGGAAGAGCCACCCUCCCCUCGCGCCUCUGCUGAGGUCGCUCCCUCGCCGCUCCCCCCACCCGUUGGGCUCGCGCCGUGCUCGGGCCGGGUACGCACGCCACGGACACGCGCGCGUGGCGGUCUCGGUUUGGGGAGGCGGAGGCGGCGCGCGAGCUCUAGCGCGGGGUCAGCGGGGAGCCGUGCCCGCGCCGCCGCGGCCGCGCGGGGCUCGCUCGGUCCUUCCUUGUUUUGCACGUUUUCGACGUUGGGGGCUCACAACGGACUCUCCGCCCUAUUGGCAAGUGUUACAUCGCAUUUCUUGUACAAUAACACGGGCUGAAGAAGAUA